AUGAAUAACUUCUAUUUUCCCAUGCCACGCCCUCAAAUUGACCUGGAGCCUUACAGGGAGGAGAUUACUCUCUUAUAUUCUCAGAAUGCACGUAUUGCUAAUAUCCAGACCAUCAUACAAAGCCACGGCGUCAAUAUCUCACUCCGCACGCUCAAAACUCGCCUUUCUUCCUGGGGCCUACGGCGCCAGCUACCUAGCCAAAAUGAAGCUUUGCACGCUCGCCUUCUCACACUAAUUACCGAGGCAGGUUUAUCGGCUAAAGAAACACUCGAAGUGCUACAGAAAGAGGGAUUCCGGGUCUCUGAACCUACGCUUGAAAGGUUACGAAAACGGCUUGGAAUUCAGCUUCGUACAAACUGCCCGCUUCAGCGGCAGCAGCAACGGCUCGAAAUCGAGGUUCUCUUGACUGAGGAGCUUGGAAUUGGCGAUGUCGAAGGCUAUGGGCGUCGGAUUCUCUAUCACCACCUUCGCCGGCAUGGUUUUCUUUUCCCACAGCACCGACGCUCCCGCGGCGAGUAUUGGUGCCCUGGGCCGAAUUUCGUGUGGCAUGUGGAUGGUUAUAUGAAGCUAGCGCAGUUCGGGGUUGAGGUUUAUGCUGCCAUUGAUGGGUACUCUCGGUAUAUUCUCUGGAUAUACGUGGGAAUUAGUACUCGUACCGCAAUUAUUCGGUCUGACCUCGGCUCGGAGACCUCCCUUAUUGGGGAUGCACAAUGGGCGCUGCGGCAGGUGUUCGAUCCAGAGGCUGCCCAUGGAGACUGUUUCUGGCUAGGGCGAAGCACAGAUAACCAGAGAAUAGAGGCUUGGUGGGCGCAGUUAUCUAAGUCGUGUACUUUUCUCUAUUACCAAUAUUUCCGGGAGCUCCGGGAACAAGGUCUCUUCUCCGGCUCUAUCCCUGAGCAGGUCGCCCUUCUUGCGGUUUAUAUGCCUACGCUCCGCCGGGUUAUUGGUGAGUACGCUAAGACCUGGAAUAUUCAUAAUAUCCGCAAGCAAAAGUCACGGCCGAACGCCGUUACUGGGAAGCCUUUUAUGAAUUAUUUUAAUGCGUCUAAGCCGGAUUACCAGCGCGCAGUUAAUCAGAUGCUGCUUCGCGAGCUCCAGGAGGACGUCCGGGACUGGGAUAAAGAUGAAUAUUUACCCCCUGAUGUCCUUGCUUGGUGCCACCAGCAGCUUCAGGAGAUUGGAGCCGAGCUUUAUGGGCCUGGAAAUGGCUUCAAUCCUGAUAAUUCUCCGUCUCGUGUUCCAGAGGAAGUUAGCCAACCUUACCGGGUCGAAUAUCUCGAACUCCGCCGCCGUGCUCUUCUUCAUGACCAAUUAGAUGAACAUCCAGUGCUCUGUCUUACUACGAAACCCCUCGGUGCAUGGGAUUGGGAGCCUGGAGAGGCACAGGAAGGCUAG